GGCCUAGUAAGCACUACUACACCAGGCAGGCGGCGCUGGUAACACGUCACGCAAGAUGGCGGCGCCCAGGAGCUCCCAGCAAGGCAGCAGAGACGCUGAGGAUAGUAGCAGCGGGGAAGAAGAACUGGAACGUUUCCGAGAGGCAGCCUGGCAGCCGCCUGGAAUAGACAAAUCUGUACGAUGUCUGCAAAAUCCAAUCAGUCCUGUUAUCCCAAGCUUAAGGGUACGUCCUGACUGCCACGAGCAUGAUGGAAAUGAACUGGAAACUACCCCUGAAUUCCGCACACAUGUGGCCAGAAAGCUCUCUGCCAUACUGGACAGAUGUAUCAAAGAAAUCCCUGGAAGCGGUAAUUUGAAGCAAGAUCCUAAGGCAACUUCCAACUCUGAGGAUGAAGGCUUUCGGCUAUUCCGGACAUCUGUUCCUGGGGAUUGUGGGACAGUGAUAUCAUCCUCCAUUUCUAAGCGCAGGGUGGCAUCUUCUACAAGUGAGGACAGUGAAGAGGAGAAGCAACGGAGGUUCUGUGAAGCUGCUGUGUCAGGUUUAGAUAUUCUUAAACAGAGCGCACUGCAACCUAUCCCAGGGAAGAACUUGGACACAGUCUGCAAUAACCAACUUAAAAAGAAAUGCAAAAAGAAGAAGAAAAAGAAGGACAAAGGAUUGGGUGAUGACAUUGUAUCAGAUGAGCAGGACUUGACAACAGAAUCUGGGAAAAAUGCGACUAAAAGGAAAAAAAAGAAGGUGGUUUUGGAAAACAAUGAUGAACUGAGUGACAGAUAAGGGUGUCAGUGCAGCUUCUUUCCCAUUAGGACUGACUCAGUCCCUUGAAGACAUAGGGUGCUUAAAAAACACAGAAAAUUGAAUUUUAUAUUGAGACAAAAUGAUUAAAAGGGAAAAAGUCUUUAGCGGUAUCAGCUUUUACUGAAGUCUCCUGCUUAGGUACUGUGUGUCCAUUCCACAACGCAUGGUUCUUUCAGAUCAUUAUAAAUAUCUCCAGCUGAAGGUGAUGAUAUUCACAUCCUUUGCUCCUGCUACCUUUACCUAAACAUGGCAACUUUGCUUUAUGCUCCUCCUUUUAAUCAUUGUGAGUCCACGGUAUGCAAGUGGCAGGUAGAGCCAAUGCCGUAGUCUUUUCAUUGUGAGGAAGAUGUCAUCUGCGAGGACAUGUAAGUGUCUAUGGUGUUGUGUGAUGGGGACAGGAGAUGGCUGUGGCUCUCGGUGGUACUGGGAUUCUGGUAGUGAACCAAGCUGACCGAAGACACUGUACCAGAAAGAACAUCACAAGAUCAGAAUGUUAAUUCACCACUAGUCCAAUAUAUUGUAGAUAACUGAUAUUCUCCAAUUUCUAAUUCAUUUGUAAAUAAAUAAAAUUUGACAAAAAAAAAAUCUCUUUUAUGUGCAAUACUCUGAUGUUCUAACAUAAACAUAUCUUAUGAUGCUGAGCAUUUGCUAAUGCUUUAAAUGAAGUUGUUUGUAUCACAUGGUAAAACUAAAAGCACUUUUUCUGCUUA